CCACUUUUCGGGGCCACAACUUUCGCGGGGCCGGCCAGGAGUAGAUCUGGCGCGCCUGUACCACGUGAGUCGCUAGAACCGCCUCCCGCGCACCGACGUGCGGCAUUGCGGUCCCUGGUGUCAUGGAUGGUGAGCUUCGAGCACGAGGCCAAAGAGCGUGACCAGAAAGCAAGCUUGCACGGUAUUAUACGCCUUGAAAUCGACGUCGCAGACGUUUUUCUUUUACCCGAUCUCUUUUCCCAGCUAUUUCUUUUCAUGUCUUGGUUAGCGCAAGCGCAUAAGAUACGUACAGCUUGGAUUGGUGCUCCGUUUGUCACGACCUUGGAUCAUCUAUUUUUGAAAAAUUCCUUCAGAUCUCGGGCAGCAGCUUUUGCAGCAGCAGCAGCACGAGGAAUCUGGCAGCUACGCAUCCAUCCACGCUGGUACAACUCCAGCGAGUGCUAGAACGCGUGAUAGAGUCCCGGUGGAGGACGGGGAAGAAACCGUGAUUCGUGACUCGAUCAUUGCCACCAGCCUGGUUGCCGGCCAGUUGGAGGCGGCCAUUCCUCGCGUCACUCGGCACGCGGCUGAGCUGGUCUCUGUGAUGCUUGUGCGCGCGGGGCAGUGGGCGGAGAAAAACUUACGUGCUGAUCUUGCAGAUGAACAAGUGCAACGAGGGAUCGACGGACCGAGUUCUACUACGACAGCAACGCCGUCGUCAAGGCGGGCGAGUAAACGGUUGCAGCUUUCCCGGGCGCUGUUCCAGCGCGUCCUUCCGAUUCGCGAAUUGCAUCCCUG